UUGGACUCGCAGGUCCUGUUGGCAUACUGCUCCCACGAGGAAGCUCAGUACCUGUUUCGUCUAGCAGGCGAGUUGGGUCUGCUGGGGCCCGGCUACAUCUGGAUCCUCCCCAGUCUUGCCGUAGGCAACCCCAACAGCCCUCCACCUGCCACUUUCCCUGUAGGUGUGAUCGGUGUGAUCACGGACCAGUGGAGGAAAAGCUUGCGGCAGAGAGUAAGGGAGGGCGUCGCCAUCGUAGCCAAAGGGGCAGAGAGUUUCAAGAAGCAUUAUGGUUUCAUUCCUGAAGGGCAUGGAGAUUGCAGUAAACCAGCAAAACAGUCAGAGAACAACACCCUGUUCAGGCACAUGCUGAAUGUAACGUGGGAACAAAAAGACCUGUCAUUCAACAAUCAAGGCUUUCUAUCCAACCCUUCUAUGGUCAUCAUUGCUUUGGACCGGGAGAGACUGUGGGACAAGGUGGGCACGUUUGCUCGCGGCAUCCUUCAGGUUCGCUAUCCCAUCUGGCCGCGGUACGGCAGCUUCCUGGAGCACAUAUCUGAUGACCGCCACCUGACGGUGGCCACCCUCGAGGAGCAUCCCUUUGUCAUGGUCGAGAACGUGGACCCGGGAACCGGCACAUGUGUCCGCAACACUGUGCCCUGCAGGCGUCAGUCCAAUCACACAGACAGUGCCCAAUCCGAGUCCUACACCAAACUGUGCUGCAAAGGUUUCUGCAUAGAUAUCCUCAAGAAGCUAUCCAAAACAAUUAAGUUCUCCUUCGAUCUCUACCUGGUCACCAACGGAAAGCACGGCAAACUGGUGCAUGGGAUUUGGAACGGGAUGAUUGGGGAGGUUUUCUACAGGCGUGCUGACAUGGCCAUCGGCUCGCUUACUAUCAACGAGGAGCGCUCUGAAAUCAUUGACUUCUCUGUGCCGUUUGUGGAGACGGGAAUAAGUGUCAUGGUAGCGCGUAGCAACGGCACAGUAUCGCCGUCUGCCUUUCUUGAGCCCUACAGUCCAGCAGUUUGGGUCAUGAUGUUUGUGAUGUGCCUGACCGUUGUGGCUGUGACUGUGUUUGUGUUUGAAUAUUUCAGCCCAGUGGGCUACAACCGGAGUCUGGUAAGCGCCAAAGCUCCAGGUGGGCCGACGUUCACGAUAGGGAAAUCAGUGUGGCUGCUGUGGGGAAUCGUCUUCAACAACUCCGUCCCCAUUGAAAACCCCAAAGGAACCACCAGUAAAAUCAUGGUCCUAGUCUGGGCCUUCUUCGCUGUCAUCUUCCUGGCUUCUUACACCGCCAACCUGGCUGCUUUUAUGAUCCAGGAGCAAUAUAUUGACACCGUGUCUGGCCUUUCUGACAAGAAGUUUCAAAAACCACAGGAGCAUUAUCCUCCUUUUCGCUUCGGGACGGUUCCAAAUGGGAGCACAGAGAGGAACAUUCGCAGCAACUAUCCUGAUAUGCACACACACAUGAUGAAAUAUAACCAGAAAGGGGUGGAAGAAGCUCUGGAGAGCCUCAAAACCGGGAAACUAGAUGCCUUCAUCUAUGAUGCUGCUGUCUUGAACUACAUGGCUGGUAAAGAUGAGGGUUGUAAACUGGUGACCAUUGGCAGUGGGAAAGUAUUUGCCACCACAGGAUAUGGCAUUGCUUUGGAGAAAGAUUCCCGCUGGAAACGACCAAUUGACUUGGCAUUGCUACAGUUUCUUGGAGAUGGAGACACAGAACGCCUGGAGACUGUUUGGCUUUCUGGUAUCUGCCAGAACGAGAAAAACGAGGUGAUGAGCAGCAAGCUGGACAUUGACAACAUGGCUGGUGUCUUCUACAUGCUUCUGGUAGCUAUGGGCCUCAGUCUGCUGGUCUUCGCCUGGGAACACCUGCUGUAUUGGAAGUUGCGGCACUCUCUCCACAAGUCUCAUAAACUUGACUUCCUGUUGGCCAUAAGCAGGGGUAUUUACAGUUGCUUCAAAGGAGUAGAAGAUCCAGGACGCUCAUCUGGUUUGGCCAAACCUGACCUGACCUCCAACUAUGCUCAAGCAAACAUGCUGAAAAUGCUUCGCACUGCCAAGGAUCUGGUCUCCACUGCGAAUGUUGAGAGCUCCCUGGACAAUGCUACCAAGACCAUAGAACAAUUGACUCGUCAUGGUAGUAGUAUGCCUGUUCGUGUCCCUCAAGUCACCACUGAGGCCGUUCCGGGAGGAUUUGCUUAUGUUGCUGAAAACCACUGCUCCAUUCCUCAGGGGUCCCUCACCCCACCUCUAACUGGCAUUACCUCUUUGAAACAGCACAGGGGUGUAAGUAGACCAACACCACUGCGCUACACGCUUCCAACUCGUUCAACAUCGUGUCUGUAUGACAGACCACUUCCUGUGUCCAGUUUGAGCACUCCUCACCUGGCUGUAGGGGAGACGCUCCCUCAUCACCUCCCACACCACUACCAGACUACAGGGAGGGUGUAUGUAGACUCCCAUUCUCACUCCCCUUACAUUGCCUACUCAGAACUCCAGCUACCUGACAUUUACACAUCUCAUCCAGUCUCUUUACCCCAAAACCAACAUAUCCAAUUGGGCCUUUCACAACCAAAAAGGAGGUCCAAGAGUUUUCAGUGUGAGAAUGGGGAUGUGGAAAGGAGAAAACAUGGGGAUCAGGGUAAGUGUGACAAAAGUACUAUCAGUCUGACUGAACUUAAAGCCAAUCACCUCCAAGAGAAUCAUAUCUCCGCCCCAAGUGUUGACAAUGUUUACUCAGGAGAGGGGAUGUGUCCCCGGGUGGAGAAUUAUAGCUCUUGGCCUCCAGAGGACCUUGUGCUGAGGGGCCGGCGGAGGCACCGCCGCCCCUCUUUUCUUAAAGCAACGUGGGGCAAUGACCAAAUUCAUCAUCUUGAUGAAUCACAGUCUUCUUUAUCCAGCCAAUCACCUUCAACCUUGCCGGACCUGUUUCCAUGCAUGGUUACUCCUACAACAUCUGCCAAGCCUUACAAUCCUGCCCAUGUUCGAAACAACCUGUGCCUCCCAAGGAACCAGGCCUACCUCCACAUAAGGGAGGACCAGAGGAGGCCAAAUGGACGAAAGGGCCAGAGACUGCGCUACUCCCACUCCACCCACCUCCCAACAUACGGAGAAGCGGUUCGAAAUGGAAAUGGUUUAGGGCGGGGUAUGGUCCGCAGAGCCACAAGCCUUCUCAGCCGACAGUACACACACUACCUGAACUCAUAUCCCGGUCUCCCAAUCUAUCACAGUCCACUGGACCUCCAGCAUCACAGCCAGAGUUCCAGCCCAGUGUGCCAGCUGUUGGCCUGUGGUGGUGGACGAUGUGGGGGACAGCGGACACUGCUGUAUCAAGACAAUGUGUAUGGAGCUUAUGGGGCCUACCAGGGACCCCAGACUGGCUCCGACGCCCAGAUAGGGCAAGGAGGAACAGGACAGCCUGUUGGGAGUCCUUGUGUACUUCGGCCUUGGCGACGAGUUUCCAGUCUAGAAUCUGAAGUCUGAUUGAUAACCUUUCUGGAUGAAAGCUGUGGAGUUACAGAAGAUGAGAAUAAUAAAUGUUACAACUUUGGAAAGUUUUUUGUUGUUGUUAGAUUUACAGCUAUGUUGAUUUUAAUUGUCAUUGUGUGGUAAAGAAUAGUAAUUCAGGUCAGACUCUUGGAAAAAGACUUUCACCAAUCUAUCCUUGGUAAAGUUGUGGAAAGCUGGGUUUGACUGGUUUAACUCAGUGGCUGCUUUCCCACAAAAGUGUUCAUCUUUCACAGGAGACCAUGUCAUUGACAAAUGGUUAAACUGUAACCUGAGAUUUAUUGCUGUGUGUGUGUGUUUAAUUUUUUAUUGUGUGGAUUGCUGGAAUUCAACAUUGAUUAUUGUCUGGUAGACAAACUGUUUACGUCUGGGAAGAAGCUUUGGAUAGGCAGCCAUCACUAGUCACUAGACAUCUAAAAAAAAAGCUGUGAUGUAGAUGUGAAGUGUUUAUUUAUGAGAUGAGGUCAUCAGUACUGAUUUUUAAAAGGCAUAAAAGUACACCAGUUUUCUGAAGCAAAUAUAAUCAGUCCAAGUCAUAAUGAUGAGUCACAGGAAGCAGCUACUUUGUGAAAGCAGUCCGCAACAACAUGAUCUGCAAAACGAUUGCCGCAUUAGAACAGCAUUGACCAGCACUAGGUGUCUUAACCCACAGAUUUCAUCCUCACUGUAUCUAAGUAUGAGGCUUCAACAGCGCACAAGCCUCACGUUGAAUAAAUUAUGUAUUCUAAGUACUAUAAUCGCAUAGUCGAAUGUGUUAUUUGAGGCUGGUUAAUGUAAUAUUCAUGUAUUCCACAUAUAGGACUUUAUAGUCACCCUUUUUUUCUAAUCACACCUCUGGCACAUUAAAAAAAAUCUGUUUAAAAACUGCUGUAAGUUUAUGGAAGCUUUUGGUACUACUUUAUUAAUAACAUCAGUUAACCAGUGAUCCAUUCCCCCUUUUCGACUCUUUUAUAUUUCCUCUUCAUCCCUCUUUUUACCAUCCACUCAAACUGUUUAUUAAACAAAAUGAGCUUAGUGAAAACGAUUAUAGUAUCUAUAUUACCAGGCUUCUACACCCUGUAAUUAUCCACAAAGACCAAUUAAAGAGUCUUUUUUGAUGAACAUAUGUGUGUCUUUUUCUAUAGCCUUAACUUAUUUUCUGUGUAAAGUAUAUGUAAAAAAAAGAAAGACAUUGUUUGUUUUUUUUUGUCUUUUCCUUUUGGGAGGCUUUUAAAAAUAUUGGUGGGAGUUUUCCUCUUAGGAUGGUUUUCUUAAAUGGUACAUCUGUCAUGAUAAAUUGUUUGUAGGUGGACCCAAAUACGGUAGAGAGGAAGAGUUGAUGUGAACGUUUAAUGAAAAAGGUGAUAAUCAAAAACUUACAAAAACCACAGGGAGACAGAGCAGACCACAAACACAAGAAUUCAGGAACAAAAAGCCAGUAUGAGAACAUAUGGACACGACAGGGAAAUAACAGGAUUUAACAGGAGGAACCAGCAAGCAGUGUGUGCAAGAAGAGGGUUUAAAUACUAUGAGGGUGAACGCCGGAACAAAAGACCUGGGAUGAUUAGUUAAUGGGUUGCAGGUGUGAGGGGAGAGAGCAGCCUGCAGACUGAAGAGAGAGAGAGGAAA